AUGGAUUUCCACACACUGUACAAAUAUAUCUGUCAGUUUUGCCUCGGUAUGCAGGUAGUCUGGGGUUUAGACUCGGUGACACUCCUGAAUCCUCCAGAGGAGCCUCUGCCAGACUAUCUUUUGGAAGUACUUUACUCUUGUGAUGAAUUUGCUACAGUACAGCUCGACUGUGUUGUGUGUUUUGACACUGGCAUCACUUCCACUCUCCUACUAAGACAGUGGAGCUGCGACCCUGGUGACCCUAAAAUAAGGACUCUGAAGCUGAACCUGCCUGAUUGGUUGGUGUAUCAAGCUGAUGGGAUUGUUCCACACUCUCAGUGGGUGCUGAGCUCUAUCCUUCGAGUAUCCGUCCAAUACAGUCGAUUUGAUGACACUGAGAGGUCUAGUGCAGCUCAGGAUGUGGCAACUUUGCAGCCUAAGCCCCCUUUUAGUCGACCUGUCAAACAGCAUCAUCUGUGCAGUGCUUGGAGUACACGGAUGCUGCAGUUAAGGCAACAAUUUUUGAUGAAACAAUGCCCUUUGGAGCAAGAGACAGUGCAUUUACUGUCUUCAGUAUAUGCUUCAACCGGAGAAGGCUUUGGUAUCACAAAGACACUUCACUCCUACAAGAGUGAUGUUCUGGAGUAUCCGCGUCUUAAGUCCAUCUCUUUUCCAUGGUGUAUGUUUUCUAUGUGGAUAUUUUUAACCAGAUACUGCCAGGACGACAUGUGUGGACUGUUUUAUCAUAUAGACACACAGAAUAACUACGCCACACCGACACUCUUCCUCAAAAAUUCAGGCCAUAUACACAUCCAAACUAGCGGUGAGUCUGAGGCAUCUUCUGCAUUUCGCUCUCCAUUCAAGGUGCCUUUAAAUGAAUGGUGCCAGCUCAGCGUAACGUUGCACACUAGAACAGUGACUCUCUCUAUGGUGUGCAUGGAUAAGGAGCAUAGAACAGUUCAUUCAGCUGUACAUGUGAUGAGUGAAACUGUCAUGUUGGAUGACACAGAGGGAUACUUUGUGAUUGGAGGAGGGAAAUACAUAAGAGGCAUUGAAGGUUAUUUUGGACCAUUUGUUUACUACCGGAACCGAAUAUCACCUCACAGCACGACUGAAGUUGUUAUUCCGGACGUCAUUAAGAGUGUGAACCUGACUGGAUGGCUGCAGACCUGCCAAGAAUUUAGUCUGGAGAUGGUCUUGAAAAUCGCUGGCUAUUCUCUGCAAGCUAAACAGAGCACAGAGUCUGAGAGCUGUUUCGAUGCUUUCCAUGAAUGGAUGGGACAGGACAGACUGCCUUUAGAGCCACAGUGUGAAGUGUGGGAGGGAACUGUCCCUCACAGAAGACAGGCUGCAAAACUGGCAAAGUUAUUGGCUUUUAAACACAGAGGAAGAGGGGUCAGCCUGCCAGCUCUGGGCAGAGCACUGUACUCCUUAUCGCUUCAUAAAUUGGGCAGAGCGAGCAGGAUUGGAGUGGUCAGCAGAAUAUUUCCACUGCUGCUCCAAGCUGGCUGCUUAGCUGACAACCAAGCUCUGCACAUGUCAUCAGUCCUAUACAGUACCGAACUGGGAGUCAAGAAACAGCCCAAUAAGGCUUGGCUCCUGGCCUUGCUGGCAGCCCAGAAGGAUGAUCGAUUAGCACUCUUGCACCUUGGGCAUCUCCACCACCAGGGUCUCCAUGGCGUCCCUGCAGACCCAGACGUGGCGUAUGCAUAUUAUGCAAACAUUGCUAAACAAACAAAUUUUGACCGUCAUAAUCCCUCACCACAGCAGACAUAUGUUGAGGCUGUUUACCUGAACAAUGAGGAGGUGUUGAAACUCCAGACAAAUGAAGACCAUCAUAUCUUCCAGUGGUUGAAACUACAGGCGCGGAGGGGUGCAGCUGAGGCUGAGCAAACAGUUGCUCGAAUGCUGUUCUGGGGUCAGCAGGGAGUGUCCCCAAACAUCCAGAAGGCUGUGAAACACUAUGAAAGGGGAGCUGUGCAGUGGGAGGACCCCGUAUCAAUGUAUGACUAUGGAAUAAGCCUACUGCAGGGGCAUGGGGUUGAAAAGGACAUCCCAAAAGCUAUCAUUUUCCUGAAGAAAGCAAUGGACAAGGGUUUUGUUCCUGCAAUCAAUGCCCUGGCCUGGUACUAUGAACAGUUUGAGCAGGACUACAAGCAGGCAGUGCAGCUAUGGAAUCAGGCUGAUCUCCUCGAGAGCCCAGAUGCUGCUCUGAACCUUGGUGUCAUGUACUCACAGGGCCUGUAUCCGGGACAAGCUUCUGACCAGUACAUGGCAUAUAAGUACUACCUGAAGGCUGCACAUAGAGGGAACAUCAGGGGAGCUAUUCAAGUCGCUGACAUCUGGAACACUGGGAUUUCUGGCCUUGUCAAUAGGCGUCCAUCUGAUGCUGUCUUGUGGGUCAAGUGGGCAGCUGAGCACAAUGGAUACCUGGGCAGCAUCUUACGGAAAGCCUUGGAUUCCUAUCUGAAGAGUGACAUGUUCAACUCACUGUUAUAUUACAUGAUGGCUGCUGAGAUGGGGUACGCACCUGCACAAUUCAAUGUGGCAUAUCUAUGUGAACAAAAUACAGGAAAUUUUCUGGAUCCUGCUUUUGCGUCGCAUUGUAUGUGGAGAUAUUACAACCUUACAAUCCAAAGCCAAGAUCCUAACCCAUACGCCUUGAUCAGGAUGGGUGAUCUGUGGUAUGAGGGGCAGACUGACGGGCAGAAAAACUUGUUUUCUGCAGCACAGAUGUACAAACUUGCAGCACAAAGGAAUGAGCCACAGGGAUGGUACAACCUUGGCCUCCUCGCUGAGGAGGGUUACAAGCUGCCGCUUUCAGUACUGAAUGAACUCGGCCUUUCAGAGCUGUAUCUGGCAGACAACACUGUGCUUCUAAAUGCUUUGUACAAAAGAUGCAGAGACACAGAUGACACAUACUCCUACGUGCCUUGCAGUCUUGCUCUCUUUAACGUAUACAUACAAUCAUUCCAAAAGAACUACAGUGCUGCUAUUAAGUAUUCGACCACAGUUGCUGUAAUAGCAGCUCCAACAAUAGUCUUAUUCAUCCUUGGUGUACUCAGGAGACGUGGCUUUUCUCUCAACUAGAACCACAAUUCCUAUCAGGAUUGUCAGAGGAACAGACUGAAGAACAGCAAAGUGAACAUCCAGCACAAUGGCACAGCAAUAUUUUGUGUCAGUUUACAUUAUGUGAAUGUUUACUUUGGGAUCGCUAUAAAGAACAAUUGUA